AUGGCAGAGAAUUACGGGUCAAACGGAAGUCACGGUCAAACCGACCCGAUGGAUGUGCCGCAAGAGCUACGUGACGAUUUUCCGGUGGCUAGAAGUGUAGAUCAUUUAUUAGUGAACAAUGUUAGGAAUGCUGGGAUGAACAGAGUGCAGUCUGGUGAGUUUUUUCUUUACUUUUGUUUUUAUUUUUAGAGAUUUUGGGGAUGUUGCAGUAGAAAUAGCGUAUACUGACUUACUUUUUGUUAUAACGUUCUGCAAAAAUCCACAGGACUUUGUAUUUUUUAAUUGAUAGUAGAUUAUAAGCUUUUUCAACUAGCAAUAUGAAUCAAUUUCAAAAAUAUGGCAGCUUUUACCUAUUUUUAAUAAUAUUAUUAUAGCCAAUACCCUGCGAAGACCGUUUCUCUAUUCAAAUCGUUCAAGAACCUCAAGUAUAACCUCAGAUGCUGCAUCAAAUGCAGUGUCAGAUGCUCACAGACAUCACAAUAUGGCUAUACGAUACAGAUUGUUUAAUAGGUUGGAUCCAGGAGGGCAGACAUUGAGGAUGCCGGAUCACGUCUCAUUUCUAAGUGAAUGGUUCUCAAUAUUGCCCUUUGAUGAUUUUAAGGAUAAUGAGGGGAAGCAGAGCAGUUUGGUCACUAUGUAAGUUAAUUUUUUGUUUUUUUUUCGGUUUUUAGGUUAUUUGAGGUCACUUUUAAAUGAAAGUAAGGAUCUAUGACAAAUCUUUCAGAUUUUCAAUUUGGAACACAAUGAUGGGGACCAGCUUACUGGCCAUGCCUUGGGCUCUAGCUCAAGCUGGCUUGGGGCUUGGUGUGGUAUUAAUGGCUCUAAUGGCUUUCUUAGCGUUAUACACAGCUUAUCGGGUUGUUCAAAGCCCUCAGGGCAUCAGUAAGUUAUAUUUUUUAAAUUUUAGGUAACAAAUUUUGAAAUUUUUUUGAUUUUGAAAGUAUUUUUUGUUUUAGCAUAACGUACUGAAAUUAUAAAAGUUUAGUACCACGUAAUGUUUUGAUUAUAAUAUAAUAUUUUCAGCACUAGAAGUAGAGACCAGUGCAGCCGAAUUCUCGGAUGUUUGUCGCUAUUAUUGGGGCAAGAAAGGAGAAUAUACGGCCGUUUUCUUCUCAAUCAUAGUACUAUUUGGUGGAAUUAUCGUGUAUUUCGUAUUAAUGUCAAACUUUUUAUAUUUUACGGGAAAUAUUAUCUACGAAUCUCUACAACCCAACAGCACGGUGCUACCGGUUUUGGCCAAUAAAACGUUUACGUGUGACAGUAAGUGAAGGUUUUUGAUAUUAUGGGGUACGUAGAUAAGGUGUAUGCACUAAUGUAAGCCUAAAGCUUACGCAAUGACGCAAAAGUAAGUCUAAAAGUGAAGUAAUAAGCCUAAGCUCACAAAAGAAAGACUAAAGAAUACGCAAUAAGCCUAAGCGAAAAAUAAGAAGCUUAAAGAUAACGCAGUAAGUCUAAGCACAGGAAAACAAGCCUAUGAUUGACGCAAUUCGCUUAAGCGCAGAAAAAUAAGCUUGAGAUUGACGCAGUAAGCCUAAGCGCACAUAAAUAAACUUAAGCACGCAAAGAUAAGCCUAAGGUUGACGCAAAAAGCACACAAAAAUAAGCCUAAUAUUCACGCAAUAAGCCUAAGCACACAAAAAUAAGCAUAAGAGUGACGCAAUAAGCCUACGUACAGAAAAAUAAGCCUAUGCUUGGCGCAAUACGCUUAAGCGCAGAAAAAUAAGCUUGACAUUGACGCAAUAAGUCUAAGCGGACAAAAAAACCUAAGGUUGACGUAAUAAGCCUAAGAACACAUAACAAGCCUAAGCGCAGAAAAAUAUACUUAAAACUUGCGCAAUAAGCUUAACUACACAAAAAUAAGCCUAAGCUUGACGCAAUAAGUCUAAGCGCACAUAAAUAAGCCUAAAUUUUACGCAAUAAGCCUAAGUACAGAAAAAUAAGCCUAAGCACACAAAAAUAAGCCUAAAGCUUACGCAAUAAGCCUAAAAUUGACGCAAAAAGCCUAACCGCGGAAAAAUAAGCCUAAAACUUUCGCAAUAAGCCUAAGCACAGAAAAAUAAGCCAAGCACACAAAAUAAGCUUAAAAUGACGCAUUAAGCCUAAUAUUUUCAGUAUAUUACGAUGAAAAGUGCCUACCACCUAAGGACAUGUUUGACUACGAAGAAGAAGACGAAUCAGACGACGGUUUUUGGUCAUUCAAAAAGCUAUGGUCACUACAAGGCACAGUACCUAUUUAUCUAGGCAUUUUGACGUUUCCACUGUUAAACUUUCAAUCGCCUACAAUAUUCACCAAGUUCAAUGUGUUGGGAACGAUAUCAGUGGCUUAUUUGAUAGCAUUUACAAUGUCAAAAGCGUAUGAAUGCGGAUUGAAUGUCAAUUUUAGUGAUGCUACGUCUAUUCACUAUGUGGAAUGUAAGGUUUUAGACCGUAUUUUACGUUUUUUUGAAAUUUUGGGGUUGGAAAGAAAGUUCUUGUUAUUUUUUGUUUUGGAAAGAAAGUUUUUGUCAUUCUUCGCUUUGUAAAGCAAGUUUUUCCUUUUUUAUGGAUUGUAAAGAACGUUCUUGCUAUUUUUUCCUCUGUAAAGAAAGUUUUUGUCAUUUUUCGUUAUGUAAAGAAAGUUUUUGCUAUUUUCAAUAAAUUUUCUUAAAAUUUUUAAAGUUUGAGUGAAGAAUCUUAUUUUAGUGUACAACUCAAAGUUCACAGCGCUAACAGGAACGCUAGCAUUGUCGUACUUCAUUCAUAACGCAGUGUUGACGAUUCUGAGAAACCAGAAACAUCCAGAGAACAAUGCCAGGGACCUGUCGAUUGGAUACAUAUUGGCUAUGAUAUGUUAUAUUGUGAUUGGGUGUAUGUUCUACUUGGCUUUUCCAGGACGAAGGGAAUGUAUUUCGGAUGUAAGUUGGUCUUUUAAUUGUUUUUGGAUUUUUAGGUAAUGAAAUUGAUGUUUGGAACAUUUUUCGGGUAUUUUUGACUGCACCGUGCGAGAAUAUAUAUUUCUUGCACAGUGCAAGGUUUUUUUGAUUGCACAGUGCAAGGCUUUUUUGAUUGCACAGUGCAAAGCUUUUUUGAUUGCACAGUGCAAGGCUUUUUCUAACUUGCACGGUGCAAUAUUUUGAAAAAAAUUUAAUUUUAAGUAAAGCACGUAAAAUACGGCAUUUUUCAGAACUUUUUGAACAACUUCGGAUCAGGUGAUGUCUUGAGUGCAACAGCAAGAAUGUUCUUACUGUUCCAGAUGAUCACAGUACUACCACUGCUCAUGUACUUGGUUCGAGUUCAGUUCAGCUACGUUUUCACAGGCACUGUGUAUCCGGGGUAAGCUGAAUUUUAUAGAUUUAAAGUAAAAAAAAACGCAUUUUGGGGUUUUUUUUUGUAUUGUGAGUGAGGUUUUUUUGAGAUUUUUACGUUUAAAAACGGGGUUUGAAGUGAUUUGACGUUGAAAACGAGGAUCUUUAUGGUAAUUUUAUGUUUUUUCAGGUUACUGUACGUAUGUUUGAUCAAUGUUUUGGUGAUCUUAGUGGCGGUGUUUUUCUGCAUUGUUUAUCCACAUGUUGGAGGGAUAUUGAGGUAUGUUUAUCCUACUCUGCCUUACCUAUAAGGAUUUAGCUUACUAUACACGCAAUGCUUCUACAAAACAUGAAAGAUUUAUAACGGUGUGUGGGAUGAUACGUAACCGUAACAUUAAUGAUAUAACUAUAUAGCCUUAGAGAAAUUGCGAGGAAUCGUAUUGCGCAACUUUUUCUUAUGUAAUAUUAUGGUUUUUUAUAAUAUUAUGCCUUGAUGUAAAACGACCCAGCAAAUUACUCCGAGGGUUGGGAUAUAACUUUAUAUUUCUGCGAGGCUUCCCUUUUAUCUGCCGUUAUUAUGCUGCUGUUUUAAGCUUAUUUUACUCCGUUUCACCAUACCCUACCGUGCCCUACUUUAUACUAUAGGUCUUACUGCUAGUUUUAACCCAGCAUAACCUUAACCUACCCUAGCCUGCUCUACCGUGCUCUACCCUACUCUAAUAUAGCCAAAUUUGCCGUAUUUUACUGUACCGUUUUGUUCUGCUUUAUACUAACAGAAUGUGCUUUAGCUCUUAGUACCACUUUCACUCUGCUUUUUUUACUAAACGUAAAUAUAUUUUAGGUACGUUGGAUCAUUGUCAGGAUUGGUAUACAUCUUUGCAUUACCGUCAUUAGUUCAUCUGAAGAAACUUCAAAACAGUGGAAAACUCACGAAUGCUCAAAUAGUUAUUCAUUCUAUUAUAAUUUUACUUGGAGUGGGUAACCUGAUCUCUCAGUUUUUAGUGUAAAAACUUUGAAAUAUUGAUGUAUUUUGGACGAAAAUUGUGUCAUAGUGACGACUUUUGAUCUGACUGGUCGACAUUUAUCUAUAGUGAUAGAUUUAUCUAGUCAACGUUUAGCUAUGGUAAUAGAUUCAUCUUGUCAACCUUUAGCUAUAGUGAUAUGAUAUGGCAAAUCUUCUUGUGAUUGUUGAUUAUUUUAUUGUUUUUAUUGUUACUCUUCUUAACUUUAUUAUUUUACUUUUUACUGUUGUUAUAUUUACUUUACUUUGUUCAACAAUGUUUAUUUGCUCUUAUUUUUUGUACAUUUUGUGAUAUUUUCAUUGGGAAUAAAUGGGUAUUUGAUCUGACUUUUUGUGAUUUUGUUUUGGUCGUUUUCACGAAAGGUUACUGAACAUUUUAUAAGAAAAAUAUGAAAAUUAAGGGCAUUUUAAUCAUUAUUUUUGUGACUUUGCAUGUUUUUAAUAGUGAGCAAAAUUAAAAACAGGCUAGCCCUAAAAGAUGGGCUCGACCCGCUGCUCAUGUCUAAAAGUACCAAGUGGACUAUUUUUGUAAUUUUCUUUAAAUAUUAGGUGCCGACAUAAAGAACCCGCCAUACUUUGCCUGUAAUUUCCUGUAAAAAAUGGCGGGUUCUUUAUGUCGGCCUCUAAUACCAAUGCCAUUUCUAAUAUAGCAUUCAAAUAAUAUUUCUAUUAAAAGAAUUCCAGAUGGCCUUCCGGUCUCAUCGCCUAAUCUCAAGACUCUUUGGGUUAAGGCAGUGUAGUCAAGAUGCCGGCAACAGUAUGUACGUAAGGAAGGUGAAGAUGAUGGACUACUGGAAUCAAUCAGAAGACGCUUUAGAGACCGAAUUCACGGAUUCUCAGUCGAUUGUACUAGUCGAUAAGGAGGCAUUGGUGAAGAAGGAUGAGAAUACGAAUGCUUUGAGCAUUGUCAAGUUUGAAACCAAAGGUAUAUUGUUGAUUUUGGUGUGGGGAAAGAGGUUUUUAGGAAUUGGAGAUGAGGAUUUAAGGCCUCGAAAACGAGGAUUUUAGGUAUAAAAACAUAAUAUUUUUAGAUUUAAAAGAGAAACUAAAUCAGUACGGGUUAGAAAUUGGUCUACUCAACUCGGCGUUGAUCGAUUGCUCCAUUCCAGAUGAAGUUCAUAGAGAUUUUGUAUGUUUGUUACCAAUUUUGUAUGUUUGUUACCUAAAAUUAGCCAUUCUUCAAGCUUUUACCAUAAAAAUAAGGUUUUUUAUCUUUCAUUGUAAAUGACAUUGUUUGAUAAUUUUGCUAUGGAAAUGAUAAUUUGAUGUAUUUGCAUUAGGAAUGAGGUUUUUUGGCCAAUCCGUUGUUAAUAACUGCCAAUAACGAUAUUGUACUAACAAAUUUCAGAGGCCCUUAUUUGGCUGUGCGGUACGAACGAUGAAACCCCCGGUUGAAAGUGGCAUCAAAGCAGAGGAACUAAAGGAAGAACUAGCUGCUUCAUUGGGAGGAAAGUUCAUGAAUUUGAGGAUCGCUAUGUUAACAUUGGAUUCUGAAGCAGAUCGGCAUAAUUUGGCUAAAGUGAGGUUUCAUUUUGUAGUGGAGAUUUGAAUUUUUGAAAUUUUUAAAUUUAUAGUGAAGUUGUACUAUAAUAGUUAUAAAUUCUUUUUUUUUGCAAAAUUGUACCAGUACUACCAUUAAUAGUACCAAAUGUACUAUUUGUAAAAAUUAGCAUAAAAAUGCAUAUUUCAAUAAAAUAUUUUGUGACGAAAAAUUUUUUUUAUUACUAGGAACACUAAGUGCACCAACUGUACCAUUUUAUAUUUUUAUUGUUUUUGGUUUAGAAAUAAGGAUUUUAAUAAUUUUAAUUGAUUUUUAAAUAAUUUUGUAUCAGUUUUUUACAUUAUGAUAUAAAAAUUUAAAAAAUUUCAGUUCCAAGCAGUAACUCGAUGGUACCACACGUACCGCCGGUGCCCAACCUGUUCCACACCUCUUCAGCUACGACCAUCGAAAAGUGCUGCCAGAUGCAUAAGAUGUGACAGAUUCUUUUAUCCAACGAUCUCACCGGUCGCGAUAACACUGGUCGAGGACUAUAAUAGCGAAAAGGUCCUUCUGGUACGGCAUAAAGGCUCGGUAUCAUCGGUUUAUACUCUUAUUGCUGGAUUUGCUAUGGUAUGUGGAGUUGGGGGUAGACCUGGGGUCACUAGGCUUGACCCGGCUUUUUAACAGGUUUAGUUUGGGGGGGGGGAGGCAGUAGAAAUUUUUAAUUUUGGGGUGGGUUUUUGAAAAAAAUUCAUUUUACGAAAACAUAAAAGGGCGUGGUAAUAGUAAUAUAGUAUGUAAUAUUAGUAAUAAAAAAUAAUAAAGGGUAUGGUAAAGUAACAAAAUUUUAGGCAGGUGAAAGUAUUCAAGAAACGGCGAAACGAGAAAUUGCUGAGGAAGUAGGUAUUGAAGCUACGGAUCUUUGUCUGUUCAAUGAUUCUCAGCCAUGGCCAAUGCCUUUCAAUUCGCUAAUGUGUGGCCUGAAGGCUAAAGCUAAUCCUGAUCAUGAGGUACCGAGAUUUCUAUUACAAUUAUAAUAAGGUUUUUUUUGAAAAUUUAAAAAUUUUUUUUGAAAACAAGUCUUUUUAAAUGAUUUUUUAAUAAUUUUGUUAAAAAAAUUUUAAAUUCUAAACUACCAAGCAAACUUUCAGCUAGAUAUAUGCCGCGACGAACUAGACGCAGCCGGGUGGUUCCGUCGCGAACAAGUACUAGAAGCUUUGGAACGGGUUGAGAAAGACCCAUUCCUCAAAGUCCCAUUAUCAAAACGAUUGGAAAACCCGGAUGACUUUUCAUACCUACCUCCACGGGGCGCCAUUGCUCACCGAAUCAUCAAAGACUGGGCCUUGAAUUAG